GGAGGAGCGAGGCUGGGUGUGAGGGAGUUGCGGGUGUCAGUGAGUGGCUGGCCGCCGGGCGCCCAGGAUGGUCGUCUUACUGCUGUCGCUGCUCUUGUGUGUGGCUGGUACGAGACUCGCGACUGAGAAUGACGCAGUUGGUGUUGGCGUGGCUGCCGCGGAUGCCAGAUCGGUGAGCACUGGAACCCUGAACGCCUUCGUGAGAGCUCUCCAGUUGUCCGAGGCUCCCACAGAAACCCCGCUCACCACUAAACCCCCGACCAGGUUCAGGUUCCAGACCCCACGACCUCCCAGCAGCAGCAAGUCUUCUUCACGCAUCACGUACAUUCCACAGGAUCGCGUGGAGCGUGUCCGUCGACCUCUGUUGCCCUUCCCAGGAGCUGCUAUUACUCUCCCAUCUACUUUAGCCACUACACCAAAGACCAAGAGUAAUCCAGUUCUGAAUAUUAAGUACACCACAUCCAUACCAACCAAACCACAUGCUGAUGUUGAAAAUGCAUUUUCUGAUGAUACUGCAAAUAAUGAUUAUUAUGACUAUGAUGAGUACUAUUAUGAUUACUAUGGAGAUGCCAAUGCCACUGAAGAAGGCACUGCUGUUGAUCUAGGACCCCUUGACCCGCCAUCUCAACCUUCACCUUCCAGAGCUUUUGAGGUUGAGCCCACACGUUACAGCUCUCAGAUCACUACUGCAAAUCCUUUCAGGGUUUCUUCAUUACCAGAAAGAGAAAUAAAGCCCACAAGACCACCAGUCAUUCCAGACAGACAAACUCGACCUGACAAGGGAAGUGCAAAUGGUUCUCCUGGUCGGUACUCUUCUUUGUCUGAACUCAUUGCAAAGCUGAAGGUAGAAUCACAGGGUGAUCCUGCUCCACCCAUUACAAAUAACCUCUCUAACACUAGCAGCAACAAUCGUGAUGCUCGUGUUUUGACAGAAAAUUUUAAAACUGCAUUCAUUCCUACUGUUAAUGAAGGUACCAGGAGAAAUGUUGAGGUACGUGUUACAAACUCUACAGAGAGUUCAGUGAUUGUGGCUUCUGUACAAACCUCCCACAGUGUCAGUGUUGGCGAGAACCCUGUUCCUACUACUAACAUGCCACCUGCAUCUCUCUCUACCAUCAUGUCUUUCUUUAUAACCACUACCCCACCUCCAGAAACUACUGAGCAACCGCCAGAAACCACUACCCGCCGAUCUCUCUCUGAUAUAUAUGAGACUGUUGAUGCAGCUCCAGCCAUCAUUGCUGGCCCAUCCACUACACCAUCUGCUGUACGACCACCUAAACGAUUGGAUAACUUUCUUUCCAGUGACAACAGUGAUUCAGGUGUUUCAGAAAAGGACAUCAGCCCUCCUCAAGAGCCACCAAAAAUAACAUAUCCUAAUGAUGCACCUCGUAUUGAGACACUCUUUGAUAUUGAAAUCAAUACUAAAAAUCAAACUGUAACUGCUACUGAUGCCAAACUGGACAGUCUGUUAGAUGAUAAUGUGAAGGAUAUAUCACUGUUCUUGCCUCCAAGAUAUAAACCAGAAGAGGAUCUCACUGAAGAACCAAGCACCAGUUCCACUUCUACUUUGUCAACGACCACACCAUCCUCUAGCUCUGUGGGACUCAGAUUGGAAGAUUUGUUUGAUCCAUCUUUAGUUGAAGAAGCAACUGACAGGAGCCUUCUGUCUACUACCACAAAGAUGAGCACCACCUCACAAACAUCUUUGUUUGAUCUUUUUUCCGCUAUUAAGACUACAACUGAUCAGUCUACAACAAAAGCUCAAGAUGAUUUGCUUAGCAGUAUUAAAGUAGUAGACGAAUCUUCCUUCUUACCUCCUGGAUUUGAGCCAUCAGCAGAACCCCCAGUGUACACCACAACAAAGCAAAUCCCAUCUGCUGAUAUGUCUGCAUUCUUGCAUUCAAUAUAUUUUUCCUCAGAAAAACCUCCACCUAUAUCUUUAACAACAUCAAGUCCUGCUAUAAAAACUGUUGAUCCCUCUGCAUUUUUGCCUCCAGGUUAUAAACCAUCAGAGAAACCAGUUGAAAGUUCAACCAAGAAAAUUCCUGAAAUAAAGACAGCAGAUCCCUCUUCAUUCUUGCCUCCAGGUUACACACCAUCAGAAGAGCCAUUACGUGAGAGUUCAACCAUAAAAAUUCCUGAAAUAAAGACAGCAGAUCCCUCCUCAUUUUUGCCUCCAGGUUAUACAACAUCAGAGGAGCCACUAACUGAAAGCACAACCAAGAAGAUUCCUGAAGUAAAGACAGUAGAUCCCUCUUCAUUUUUGCCUCCAGGUUAUACACCAUCAGAAGUACCACCAAGUGAGAGUUCAACCAAGCAGAUGCCCGAAAUAAAGACAGUUGAGCCAUCUGCAUUCUUACCUCCAGGUUUUACACCAUCAGAAGAACCACCAACUGAAAGGUCAACCAAAACAGUCCUUGAAGUGACAACUAAUGAACCUUCUAGUGUUUUGCUUCCAGGUUUUACUGUAUCAGAAGAAACUUCACAGAAAAGCCCAAUAAUAAAAACUGUGGAUGUUUCCAAGUUCUUGCCACCUGGGUUUAAACUUGAUGAGAAACCCACAGAACAGAAGACUUCAGUGACUGAAACUGUCGAUAUAUCCAAAUUCCUGUCCCCAGAUUUAAAGCCCACAGAAGAGACUAUCACAGAGAAAAGUCCAGUGAUAAAAACUGUUGAUGUAUCCAAGUUUUUACCCCCUGGUUACAAAGAAUCAUCUGAUAAUACAUCAACACCUGUACAAUCUACCACAGAAGAACCCACUACAACAACAACAAAGUCUAAAGGUCUGGUAUUCCCUCGUCGCCACAACACUCCUUCCUUCCUAACAACUGCCAGGCCAGUGGCAAGAACACCUUCUGGUCCACCACCACUGAAAAUUACCUUCAAGAAUUUAUGGGGCAGCCUUAGAACGACAACAGAGUUUACUGGUUGGAAGACAACUACAGCAAAAACACCAGCUGGACAUGUUCCUCAGGCAACAAAGAAAACUGCUGGAACAGCAUCUAACACAACAACCACAUCUACCACUACCACCACCACCACUACCACUACAACUACAACUACUACUACCACAACCACUUCUCGGCCAACAACUCCUGGUGUGUGUGGAGCAAAGUGCCGCCUGGCUGCUACACUGAAGAUUGUUGAUGGUACUGAGUGGCGCCCUGAGCUGGCCAACAGAGAUACACUGGAGUGGCAAGAACUAGCUAACACAAUUGAAAUUGAGCUGGAUUCAUUAUACCGUCGUAGCUCACUUGCACCUUUGUAUGAGAGGGUAGAGAUUGAUGCUUUCAACCCUGGCUCAGUUCUGGUCGAUUACAUUCUCCACCUAACAGAUAUAUCAGGCACCCUUGACACAACUGAUCUUAAGGAGAUAGUCAACCGUGAGAUGGACGAGAAUGAAUCCUUUUACCUUGGCAACUAUACACUUGACCCCAAAGGAACUGACUUCAUUGUGAUGCAUGAACGAGCUCGCAUCCUCCAUGAAGAACAAGAUGAUUACUUGAUCCCACAAUGGCUCAUUGCUGUCAUUGUCAUUGGACUUGCAUCCCUACUUUUCAUACUCAUAUUUGGAAUUACUGUGUAUGUGAAUCGUACGUGUUGCAACGUUAUCAAGCCGAAGAACGUUCCACUGACUGAGGAGAUGCUCAACGACUGUCCUCUGGUGAAUCGUGCUCGUGUCAAGAAGCGUCAUGAUGUUCCUCUUACUGCAGAAAUGCUCAAUGAGCUAAAUAAGGCUCACUUGGCUGGUGUUGACAAUUAUGCCAUGGAUGGACUGUAUGACAUGGAUGCUAUAUGGAAUGAGAAAGUCAUUGACAGAAGAGCAAUGAAGCCACCUUCGAGCCGAGGGAAAGGAUAUAAUCCCAAUUACAAUAUCAACAUUUAUGACUCCUGGCGUACUGACUGGUCUGGUCCCUAUGGUUCUUCGGCUACAUAUGCCAAACGCCGUCCAGAUACUAACUUCUGACAUGAGGAUUCUCAAGAGGAAGACAUUGAGGACUUCUAGAUUGGAGCACCUUCUGGAGCCCUGAGGAUGCAUGCACCUAUCAUCUGAGAGUUGCUGGUCAAGCAACACACAACUUACAACCUGGUUGGAGAUAACCUUGUACGUGUAUUUGGUAUUUGUUCCUUAGAGCUAUAAUGGAUGAUCUGUUUGAGUCUCAAACUAAAGAGUGACUGCUAGGUAUAUGUGUAUCAAUCCUUAGGGUCCAGAUCACAGACAACAUCUGACAAUUUGUAUCAGUGUGUGAGGAUGUUGACUGAUGCCUCCAGUAGGGCUUAAACACACAACCUCUGUGCCUCCAUUCAGGAAACAUUUUUAUACAACUGUUAAGUUUAAUAAAGUCUAUAAUAUAUGAUGACUUGUGGAGAGAGGAUGUGAGUCCUACUAAAUCUAGCAAGCCUUGAUGGAUCGUGUUCACUACCUUGACUAUGUGAUCUACUUUUUUUUGUUCCUACAACCAUGAUCUACAGUAUGGUUAUGAUAGUGCAUUUACAAGUAAAUUUGUAUCAAAGCACAUUCAGAACUAUUAAAAAAUCAAUUUAAGCUUUAAUUCUCUUGCAUUUUUAAAAUUGUUGCUCUGUGCCUACCCAAUAAUUCAAAGAGUAAGGCAUCAUCACCAUUCAAUAAACACUUUUCUGGUACAAAUACCAAACAUUUUAUGACCUGUCCUGCCCUUACCCAGCUCUUAGUAAACACGGUCGUGUCUCCUUUUGAGAUUUGGCUUCAUUAUAUCUACACUAUUUGAUGUGUAACUUUUUAAAACAAUGGUUAUCUUUCUAGAGUAAAUUUUGAGAAUUCCCAUUUACCAAAAAAGUUAAUAUUUUAUUUUUUUUAUAAUCUGUGCCCAUGUAUAUAACAGAAAUUAUAACCAGUACAGUACUCUUCUGUAUCAUUGUACAUUAUUAUACAAUUCUAUAUAGUUUUAUGUAGUAAAAUUCUUUAUGGAAUUUGCAAAUCAUAUGACUCUCAACAUUUCUGUAUCAAUGUGUAAAAACUUCUUCAUGACAAAUCAAAUUUAUAAACAUGGCCUUCUAAAAUAUUUUAGAGCAAAUAGCAGUUAUUUAAAUUAAUGUGAGGUAUUACAAUUGUAGAUUUUAUUAAGUGAGCCUCAAACUUGAAUAUUUUUCUGAAUUGUGUAUAUACAAACAAAUUGUGACAUCUCAAAAGUUAUGGAACAAGACUGUUUUAUUGCAUAUAUUAAAUAUCUUUUAUUUCAAUGUGAAAUAUUGAACUGGAGUUAUGAUGCCAGAGAUAGUUGUAAUUUUUUGCAUUGCAUUAAAAACAAUGAAAUUUAAAAUCUAAAAGAAAUGGUUUCAGUUAGCUAACAUAUUUUCUGAGGAAGAGUAGGAGCAUUGUGUCUGUAAGAUGGUGGUUAACACUUCAAGACUGGUGCAUCACAUGCUCAACCUUGACUCCAAUAAAACUAGGUGAUUGUUGUCAUUAUUGUAGAGCUGUUAAGCAGGUGCAUAUAUACAUUUUUUUUUUUUUAUUCUAUUAAACAUAGAACUUAUGUUCUAUUAAGUUCACAAUAUUAGGAUAUAUAAAAUGUCUGCCAGGCAGACAGUACUAGAUUUUCGUACUUUGUAUAGAUUACUAAUAAUAUUUAUAAAUGUAUAUUUUUAUUUUUAGUGGCAUUCACUAUUCAUGUACUGAAUGUUUGUGUAAAUGUGGCAAAUUGUAUGAUAAUUUUAAUGAAUAUUAAUUACUCAUUACUUAAACAAUGAAUCUGUGCAUAUAAGUGGAGUGCCACAUUAUGCCAUGUGUGGCACUUGUGUGGCCCAUCUCUUAUUGCUCUUCCCUGUAACAUAAUGCCUCUCUAGUUUGUGAUAUGGAGAAGUCAAAACUGUAGCAUAUAUCAUAAAACUAUAUUUUAUUAAAACUAGGAAGAAUAUUCCACCUUAUAUCUAAGAAAUGUUUUUGUAUAAUAAAAAUAAUGUCAAUAUUGAAAUGUGUUGUUUCCUAACAUUAAUUGACACAGUACAUGAAGUAUAAUGAGACUAACAGAGCAAAAAUUCACAAAAGCUAAGCCUCUAGAAUAUAAGAGUAAUUAUCAAAAUUCAAUGUACAAUGUUUAGAAAUUUCUCUCAAGAAUAUAUAAUGAUUUUGUCUCCAUAUGGACAAGAUGUGAUAUUUCUAGAAAAUAAAGUUUUCAUUUAAAAGUACUUUUUUCAGUAUGGCAGGUCUUUAUAGACACUAGCAGCUUUCAUUGUCUUCUAAGUUCAAAAGUAAAUACUUAAGCUUUUUUUUUCUAAGAGAAUGAGAAGUUUGUGAUAUGUUUUGAAGAAAAUAAGUUGUAGGAAUACCAUUAUCAAAGCAGAAAAUAAUUUAUUAUACAAGCAUCUUACAUGGAGGAAAAAAAAACUUAAUUUUUAUCAGACUUCUAGCUGCUGGACCUCAGCUGUUUUCAGUUAUUUUUAAUUUCAAUGCUUUGUUAAAAUAAAUGACACCAUGUACUUUCAGAAUGUUAUGUCUAGUCUGAGUGGAUGUGUGAAUGCACUGCUGAAUCCUGUCAGUCUCGCAGAAAUUGGGUAUAUUCAUGCACAUUAUAAUCGGAAAAUGUCCUUUUUUAAGCCAAUCGCAAACUUAUAUUUUAUUUUACUAGUAAUUUAUUCUUGGCUGUAUAUCAUUUAAACAUACUAAGUUUCAAAUUAAAAAAAUCUGAACAAUAAUAUGUAUGGUACACUGGAGCUGCUGGUAUGGCAGUAUGAUACCAUUGCCACUGAGAAUUACCAUGAAGCUAUUGACAUAGUGCUGUAAAACCAUUGGCAUGGUGCUGCAAAGCCAUUGGUUUAACAUUAUGGAUGCAGUGUUCAUUACCACAUCAGUGAGAGUCAGUAUUUUUCAGCCUGGCCAGUAACUGGAUAGGCAACCACAUGGUCACAUU